CAUCAUUACGGUAGUUAUUCAGGUCUGAAAUACAGCAUCUUUAAAGUUCACUUGUCCGUGUCAUCUUGUGACUCGGCUUGGAUCCUCCCACUAGGGAUACGGACUAUUUAUACUGCUCACAGCAUCCCGAGCCUUCUAGAGACACGCAAAUCUGAAAAGCAGAGAAUCUGAAGAGAUUUUUCACUUAGAGUGCCAGCUCAGAUUCUGGCUGCUACCAUAAUGCCCCUGCUGGAAGAAAGUUCCCUUCCGAGGGACUAUACUCGAACUGUGCCAGUUGUCAUCAUUGGUAAUGGUCCCUCUGGUAUAUGCUUGUCAUACCUUCUGAGUGGAUAUACUCCUUAUUUGGAUCCAGUGGCUGUGCACCCAAACCCCAUCCUCUUUCGUAAACUUCAAGAAUCCAAGCAGCUUCCCAUAACUGAACAGAAUUUGGAGCAACUCUCUGAGGGUUUAGAGGGGCGUUCAGGAAACACUUUGGCUGUGCUUUUCGACACACUCCUUCAUCCAAAUGCAGAUCUGGGCUUUGAGUUCCCGUCUGUACUGCAGUGGAGACUGGAAAAGAAACACCACAUUCCUCAUCUGGUUUUGGGCAAAGCCACACAUGGUGGUGCCUGGCACGCAAUGGACGGUUCAAUGCUGACAAUUAGUCUUGGGAUAUGGAUGGAGUUACCAGGUGUUAACUACAGAGAUUUAUCCCCUGGCAAGAGGAGGGGGGUAUCCAAUGAUCGAGCCACUCCAGAGGAGAUCUCUUCUUACUACAAAAACUAUGUCAAGCUCAUGGGCCUCCAGAAGAACUUUGUGGAAAAUACCUAUGUGACCUCUGUUCAGAAACUCCACCGCAGUCAUGAAAACAGUUUUGGGAAUGAAAAAGGCACUAUAAAUAGUCAGAUCAAUUGUGUGAAAAAUGGGUUUGAUUACUGCCAUAAGAAUGGCACUGAGAACGGUCAGAAUGGAGUGGUGAACAGUUUUAGUAAUGAGUUCAAAAAUGGAAUGGCGAAUAAUAGUAGAAUGGGUGAGAUUGAAGAGGAACAGGAUGAAAAUAAAAGAAGAAAAGAAGGAGUGAAAGAGAGUAUUGGGGUUUCCCAAGGGCUUUCACAGGGACUCUGGGAGGUCAGGGGCUACCAACUGUUCCAAGGUGACACUCAUGUCCCUUUUAGCCUAUAUGCUGAGAAUGUUGUCUUGGCAACAGGGGCAUCUGACAUGCCAGCUCGAUUAGGAGUAGAAGGGGAAGAUCUUCCUUUCGUGUUUCACAACGUUCGUGACCUCAGUGUUGCUGUCAGCUGCCACGGCAGCCUGGGCCCUUUUUCUGAGCCUGUGCUGGUAGUGGGGGCAGGGCUUAGCGCAGCCGAUGCAGUGCUGUGUGCUCUGAACCACGGUGUUUCUGUAUUGCAUGCCUUCCGUAAGCAUGCCGAUGACCCAGGUCUCAUCUUCAAACAGCUGCCAAAAACACUUUACCCAGAAUAUCACAGAGUCUAUCACAUGAUGUGCUCCCAGGCUUACCCAACAUCACCUGUUACUAAUCCCUCAGCCCCUAGUCCAUCUCUGUUUCCAGAUUACACCAGCUUCCCUGAGCAUUGUGUGCUCUCUUUUCAGCCUGACAUGCACUGUGUGAUGAGGGGACCCAAAGGUGUUCUGAGAGCUUUCAAAGUCUCUAUGGUGCUAGUUCUGAUCGGCACCUAUCCCAACCUAUUUUAUUUGAAGGAACAAGGGCAGUACCUCAGCUUGGAUCCCAGUAGGCCAAUCUCUUGCAGACAAAAUCCCAUUGACAUAAAUCCUUAUACCUUUGAGUGCAAUGCUGAGCCUGGGCUCUUUGCCAUGGGUCCCCUUGUUGGUGACAACUUUGUACGCUUCUUGAAAGGUGGUGCUCUUGGUAUUGCUAGCUGUCUGCUCAGGAGAAUGAAACAGAGGAUGAAGAAGAACAGGAAAUUGAUUGCCGAGGAUGGAGGGUGUGGAGAACGGGAAAGAGAAGGCAGUGGGGGAGAAGGAGGAUUUGUCUAAUGGUCCUAGAGAAGGUCAUGAUGGGAGGAGCCUUGGGAAACAUCUCCUUUUUAUAUGCAUGCUGUGAAUACAUUUAAUGUUCAACUUUCUUACCACAUAUAAAAGAAAGUACAUUGUUAAAAAUGAGCAGAUGCUAGUAGACAAAAUUGUGUCUUAGGCUGACUUCUUACAAAAAGGCUUUCACAGGUGAGGAAUAGUGUGCCAAUAUUUUAAGUGUACAUUUUUUAUUCUACACGAAAUUAUGCUUUACCGCUUAUUGUUGCAUAUACUGUAAGUUGCCUUGGUGUUACUUGUCAUUAGUUAUCUGCUCUUGCAGAAAUUAUAUGAUAGACAGCAAAUUUAACAUUCUUGAUUACAGUGCAUAAGUCAAGGAGGCUCAAGGCUAGGGUGUACUUUGCUUUUCCGCUUGCCACUACGUCUCGUGCAUGGUCCGGUGUUUUAGCUUUUCAAAGUGGACUAGUUUGACCACAAGCCCCAAUGGACAAGUUUGACACAUGCACACUACCACUGAUUUUUGAUACUUUUAAGUAUCACUCCAGGCACAAGCGCAGAUGACAUUCACAGACGUGUAUAUGUAUGCAAAACUUGAAAAACUGGGUUGCGCAUACUGUGCUGAUGACAAAGUUUAUGUCACAUGCAUUUAGUGUUUAUUUUUACAGUUUCAGUUUUACUCUGAUUAAAAUGGCAUAUAAUUUUAAUCAAUGAAAAUUAAAUCUUUUGGUUAAUGAUAAUGUGAAGAAUGUGUCAAAAUGUAACAGACCAAACUAAAAUUUCAAAACUUUUCUUAUUGAAACGUAUAAAACAAAAGAUGGGCUACAUACAAAAUACUGUAAAACUGUCCUUGUGAAAACAUGAGCUCCUGAAAUACUAGCAUGUAAUGAAUAUACUGAAUUAUUAGGCUAUCUACUCUUUAGAAGUUAGCUUACUCUGUAUUCAGAAUUCUUCUUGCUUUAGAGAUUGUUAUUAAUGUUUUGUGUUUAGCCAUUUUAGGAUAUUGCAUUGCGUGUAGUGUGUUUUUUAUGGCUACAGUAUAUUCCCAACACAUGUUACGAAUAUUAUGGUUAGCACGUAACUUAGUUCAAGUACACCUGUUCUGUUUACUCAUUUCAUUGUCUGUGCAGAUUUUAAUUUUAAUAUUACAUAGGUUGUAAAUUUAGUGAUUAAUCUCAUAUAUAUAAAUAGAAUGCGUUUGAGCCAGGUAAAUAACCCUUUUUAAAGCGUUUAACUCUCGCGGCUCGAGAGGGGACUCCUCAACAUACUGGAUUAUUGGAUUUAAGGAACAUUAUCUAAUAUCUUCAUCUAUAAAUAGAUGUUUAUUUUUGUUUAUAUCGCAGUAUUAUUUUUUCUUGUUUUUUUCGUCAACAGAUUGCUUUAAUAAAACUGUGUAAUUAUAGUCAAGA